AUGAUAGUGAUUAUUGUCGGAGGAGGAAUCGCCGGCCUAGCCGCCUCAAUCGGCCUCCGUCGCGCCGGCCACCAGGUCAAGGUCUUCGAAAAAUCUUCCUUCCUCCGCGAAGUCGGCGCCGCCAUCCACAUCUGCCCCAAUGCCUCCCGCAUCCUGCUAUCCUGGGGCCUGGACGCCGACCGCGCCCGCAUGGUGACCGCAAAGCGCCUGCUCGUGGCCCAGGGGCCGUCCCUCACCCCACUUGUCGAGAUGGACUGUGCGUCUGUGCCGCAGAGAUACGCCGCGCCGUGGUUCCUCGCGCACCGGGUCGAUCUGCACUCGGAACUACGCCGACUGGCCUCCGCUGAGGACGGCCUUGGGGAUCCCGUGGAGAUUGUGCUCAGCGCCGAGGUCGUGGGGUAUGAUGCGCAGGGCGCGGGGGUGGUCUUCGCGAAUGGGUCGACGGAGCAUGCUGAGCUGGUGAUUGCGGCGGAUGGCGUGCAUACGACUGCGAUCCGCGAGGUGAUCGGGCAUGCGCCGCCGGCUGUCUCAACGGGGGCUGCUGCGUUUCGGUUCUUGAUUCCGACGGAGGAGCUGCGACGGGAUCCGGAGAUUGCACCGCUGCUAGAGGAUGGGUUGAUGCGGGUCAUGGUUGUGGAGGGCGUGAGGCGGUUUAUCUGGUAUCCUUGUGCGAACAACACGCUUGAGAACUUUGUGGGCAUACACCCGGACGAGAGCACGAAUGGUCAUGAGAAAGAAGACUGGGACCGCGCAGCUGAUGUCGACGACGUUCUCGCGCAGUAUCAUGACUUUCAUCCCAGCAUCCUCGCCAUUAUCAGAAAAGCCACCAGCAUCAAGCGCUGGCCUCUUCUCUACCGUGACCCCAUCCCAACCUGGUCCCGCGGCCGCCUCCUUCUAAUUGGCGACGCAGCUCACCCCAUGCUCCCUCACCAAGGCCAAGGCGGCGCCCAAGCCAUCGAAGAUGCCGGCGCGCUCAGCGAGAUCUUCACAGCUCUCCCGGACGUCUCUGGGGGCGACGAGAUCCGCCGCCGUCUGGAAGUCUUCGAGAAGGUGCGUGUUAACCGCGCGUCGCGGAUGCAGGUCUUCUCCAACGCGGGACAGGACGAGGCGUGGAAGAUCCGCGAGGCGGCGCGGCAGUAUAUGCCGGAGGGAAUGGAAGUGCCGACCUCGUCGCCGGAGUUUAUGGAGCAUAAUUUUGGGUAUGAUGUGGUGGGGGAGAGCCGGCGGGAGUUGGGGGUGUAUCUGGAUGGGAGGAAGAAGCAUCAGUGA